CUCCUUGUGGAAUGAUAGAGGAAGAUGGCUGCACAGCUAGAGUGUGAAGCUAAGGCUGAAGUGAAAAUCAAUAUCGACAUUAGUAGAGGGGGAAACUUCCCUUUGAAUACUGUCAAAGCAUACCUGUUAGAUGCAGUCAAUUUUAUCCGAGACUUGAAAGCAAAAUGCCUUAGUUCUAAAAAAAACAAAAAAGCUAUGCAAAGUUCCUUAGUACCUAAAUAUCGACUAGGAAUAUAAUUAACUAUUAAUUUAUAUGCUUGAAUGCGUAUGUUUAUAUAUGACAUAUAUAUAUACAUAUUAUAUGCAUAUAUGUGGUGCUGCGAUAUUGAUAACAUAAUAUAGAUUCUUCUUGGGAAAAUUACAACAUGUCAGUAAAGAUGACUAGAUAUAAGCAAGCUGAAUUUGAAGAUGAAGACAGCAGUAGUAUUGGCUCCGUCGCUCUCAACAGCGAAGGUAUCAGUACGUCGGCUACCCACAUAAGAUAUCACACAUCAGGUGUUAUACAGGGCACUACGCUAUGGAGGGCUCGAAGCACGAUGGAGAAAUGUCUUGUUAUUACGUGUGUGGCUUUGUUGUUCACGGUAAUAGUAAUGUCGAUUGUGAUAAGCAGUAAAAGUGGCUGGGAUAAUGCCCAGAUUUUAAACGUCACAUCGCACGGCGACAACGGUUCGCAUUGCCUGACCGAGCACUGCGUAGUCGUGGCUUCGUCAAUAAUAAACAGUAUGGACAAGGCAGUGAAUCCGUGCGAUGAUUUUUACGAAUACGCGUGCGGAGGCUGGAUAAAACAGAAUCCAAUUCCAAACGGCAAGGGUACAUGGGGUACGUUUGACAAAUUAGAACAGAAGAAUCAGCUGGUGGUAAAAAAUGUUCUAGAAAAACCGUUGUCGGCAAUCAAGUCCAAGGCUGAGAUAAAGGCUAAGCUAUACUACAUGUCUUGCAUGGACGCUAACGAGACCAUCGAAGCCUUGGGCGCCAAGCCCAUGCUCACUUUGCUCGAAGCUAUCGGCGGGUGGAACAUAUCUGGAAAGUUUAACGUAUCUACUUGGUCGCUCCAAAACCGUAUGCACAUACUUCAGAACAAGUAUAACAUGGGCGGAUUAUUUUCGUGGUCGGUAAACGAGGAUGACAAAAACAGUAGUAGACACAUAAUACAGAUCGAUCAGGGAGGACUGACUCUACCAACGACGGACAAUUACCUGAACAAAACAGAGAAUGCCAAGGUGCUGGCUGAGUAUUUGGAGUACAUGACCAAGAUCGGAAUGUUGCUUGGCGGAGAAGAAAAUUCGACGCGGAAACAGAUGCAGGAUAUAAUUGAUUUCGAAACAAAAUUGGCAGAGAUCACAAUACCUCAAGCAGAGAGACGAGACGAAGAAAAGUUGUAUAAUUUAAUGCCGUUGAGUGAAUUGCAACAUCAGGCUCCAUUUAUGCAGUGGGUUGAGUAUUUCAACUACGCCAUGCGACUAGUCAGCAAGAAGCUGAACAACAAAGUAAUGAUAGUAAAUUUUGCCCCGGAGUAUUUUACCAAUUUGACCAAGAUCAUCGAAGAGUACAACAAGAGUGAGGAGGGAAAAGUCAUAUUGAAUAAUUACUUGAUUUGGCAAACUGUGCGAUCAUUAACGGCGUACUUGUCAAAGCCAUUCCGAGAUGCUUAUAAGGGAUUGAAAAAGGCCUUGAUUGGAUCUGAAGGAGGAGAUGAACCAUGGCGCUAUUGUGUGAGCGACACUAAUAAUGUAAUGGGUUUUGCCAUUGGAGCAAUGUUCGUUCGCGAGGUAUUUCACGGACAGAGUAAGCUUAGAGCUGAGGGAAUGAUAGAUGAGAUUCGUCGCGCUUUUACGGAGAAUCUGAAAAACCACGAGUGGAUGGACGCGGAGACUAGAAAAUCUGCAGAAGAAAAAGCAAACGCAAUUACAGACAUGAUCGGAUUUCCCGACUUCAUUUUGAACCCCAAUGAAUUGGACGAUCGCUACAAAGACUUGUCAAUAAAAGUCAACGAGUACUUUACAAACAAUAUCAGGGUUAAUCAGUACAACUUGAAGAGGAAUUUGGAGAAACUGGAUCAACCUGUGAACAAGACCAGCUGGAUUAUGACGCCGCCAACCGUCAAUGCCUACUACACCCCAACUAAAAAUCAAAUCGUAUUUCCGGCUGGGAUUCUGCAGAGUCCUUUUUACGAUAUUAAAAAUCCGAAAAGCCUAAACUUUGGGGGAAUCGGUGUUGUCAUGGGACAUGAACUUACGCACGCUUUUGACGAUCAAGGUAGAGAAUAUGACUUGCAUGGCAACCUUCACAAAUGGUGGAACAAUGCGACUAUCGAUAGAUUCAAAACCAGAACAGAAUGCCUUGUCGACCAGUACAAUAAAUUCGAAAUAAAAGGAAGACAUAUUGACGGAAGACAAACACUUGGCGAAAAUAUAGCGGAUAAUGGAGGACUGACUGCAGCGUACCACGCUUAUCUAAAAACCCCAAAAGACUACAAGGAUCACCUGCAUUUACCAGGCCUUAAUCUGACUCAUCGGCAACUAUUUUUUGUCAGCUUUGCUCAGGUUUGGUGUUCGGCAGUAACAUCUGAGGCUGUAGGUCUGCAGAUAGAGAAGGACUCACACUGUACAUCGAAGUACAGAGUCGUCGGGCCUUUGUCAAACUCGCCAGAGUUUGCGACAGAGUUCAAUUGUCCUAAAGGUUCAAAAAUGAAUCCCAUUGAUAAAUGCGAGAUAUGGUAAAGAGAAGAAAAUUGGACAUAAAAUACUGCAGUCAAGUUAGUCUAUCGCAUGUAACAAAGUCACAGGUUUGUUACAAAGAGUUGACCGAUUGUUUCCUAAUCCUAUUCGUACGGAAGCUACUCGAGAGUUUUCGAUAUGGGAAAGAGAAAAAACCGGAACAAUAAACACAGGUAACAUUGCGAUUGUUAUAUGAAUUGCUUAUUCCAAUGGUCCAUUAACAGCAUAACUUCUUUAAAUCAUCUUAUACGCUGACAAUGAGUUAUAAAUUCAGCUAAUUUGUCCAUGUGCCGUUGCUAGUUUGAAUCAUUUCAAAUAUCAGGGAAGCAGGGGACAUACAUUUUAUGUAUUUACAAUGUCCAUGCUAACUAAGCAGCCUAUAUGUGUUUUAAUGUUUCGUUACUUUUAACUAUAAACAAAACAACUAAUCGUUCAUUUUUUAUUGUUAUCCGUUAAAUUCAAGUAACUGACGAUUGUAUGUUGACCUAAAAGUAAAACGGAAAAGUGAGAAGAGAUAACCAAAGCGCUUUUUGUUCAAAUAUUUGAUCAAAUUUAGGAAUAAUUAUACCUCCAUACUAGAUAAUAUUUAAUUUAAUAUAAGAGAAGGACAAAAUGAGUCGGGAGUCAAAACGAAAAAAAAACAAACAUCUUUUAAUAGUUGUUAGCAAGUAUGCUUUAAUUUUCAGCUUUAGCAGGCAUGCUAGAGCUGCAGAAAUAUAUGUAUGUACAUUACAUGAGUAGAUAGCCAUGAUUUUUGUAAAAUUGAAG